UAGGGAUCAGGCCCCCGACAUCCGGUAUAGUGAGGCAGGUGGAGGAAGGAAGGUGUCCCCGGCAGAGGCCAGCAGUGACCCGGACUGAGAGGUACUGACAGGGGGGGACACCAAAUCCAGAGCAUGGGGGGCUCUCUGUGCUGCUAAUACUGGCAGGGUGGGGGGAGAUCCCAGGGACUGGCAGGGAAGGGGUUAACAGAGCGUGGGGGAUCCCAGGACUGGCAGGGAAGGGGUUAACAGAAGGUGGGAGGAUCCCAGGGACUGGCAGGGAAGGGGUUAACAGAGGGUGGGAGGAUCCCAGGGACUGGCAGGGAGGGGGUUAACAGAGGGUGGGGGGAUCACAGGGAUUGGCAGGGAAGGGGUUAACAGAAGGUGGGAGGAUCACAGGGACUGACAGGGAAGGGGUUAACAGAGGGUGGGAGGAUCCCAGGGACUGGCAGGGAAGGGGUUAACAGAGGGUGGGAGGAUCCCAGGGACUGGCAGGGAAGGGGUUAACAGAGGGUGGGAGGAUCCCAGGGACUGGCAGGGAAGGGGUUAACAGAGGGUGGGAGGAUCAGAGACUGGAAGGGAAGGUAAUGACAAGAGAAUCAAACUAUUGGUAACCUUGUAUUAUAACUAGUUUAGUUAAUAUUAAAUGUAGAUUAUACAAUAAAGAUACACACCUACCCUGCUUCAUUAAUCAGUGUCACCAUGAUCGACUAAAUUAAAUUGUUGGUAACUUAUAUCUGCAGCAUUUAAGGUAUAAUUAAUCAUUUUCAUCUCUUUCAUCAGAUGCCAGAAGUAACUUUUCGAGUAUUAAUUCUUCAAAUCUCCAACAUGGCGCCACAGUGACCCGCUGAACAUGGCCUUCUGGGGGUGUCUAGGCUGCUGAUAGCACACACUGGUAAGGUACAGCGACCUGUGUGUAUGGCUGACCGAGUUGAUGCUAAAAUAUUAUUUGUUCAAAACCUGUUUGUAUAUUCAUGGGUACAUAACGAUAAUACCUCUAUGAUGGGACAUAAGAUGCCAUGAAAAAGGUUCUGGAUGCAUCAUAAUAGUUAAUAAUAAAUGUGACCAAAACACAGACAUUGCGGUAUUUUCCCAAAAACACACAUUGCUGUUAUAUAAAUUACAUUACAGAUCUAGGUUAGUGUAAAUGGUAAUAGUGUAUAUACAUGGUGUAAUAUGUUAGAGUAAUGUAGAGGUUAGUGUUAAGUGUUAGCAGUGUAAAGAUCCAGUGCUGCCCAAGAUUAGUGGGAGUUGCAGUCCCGGGAGGCAGCUAUUUCAGCUUCAUUUCUUACAAAGGCCGCAGGUACCCUCUAGGAAUGUCACUCUCUCUAAUCUCAGGGGUCUGCUGAGAUAAGGUUCCCCAGACUGCAUACUGGAGAUGGUUGUGUUGAUACCCAUUCAUUAUGGUAAAUAAUUGGACGUGCAAUAUCUCCAUCUGUGCAUCGUGUUCUAAAACAGGAUAUGCCUGUUAAAAUAACAUUCCUAUUUAUCAUCAAAAAUACAGCCUAUAAAUUGUAUUUCUUCCUAUUAAAAUCAGGAUUGAAGCAUGUCUGCAUGUUUGGUUUUUACUGUCAUCGUUACAUCAGUUCCCUGUGUCCCUGCCAAUUAGAGCCUAUUGUAUUUGGACAGACCCCUUAAUAGUUGGUUUCAGCAUUAUCUUAGAAUCUUCCUUCAGGGCAAAGUUCAGAUAAGGCAGAGAGUCACUGACCUUACAAAGGAAACAUGUAGUUUAUGGUCCUUGCUCGUGAGUGAGGUUAUUUACCUGCAGAUAAAAUGUAGCAAUUAUUUUACAAUGCCCCAAACCCUUGUAUAGCUUUUCAGGGGAACUUGUGUCCCUAAUACACUUCUAGAUUAAUUGCCAGGGCAGAUCUGUGACAUAAUUCAGUCCCUGGUAAAUAGUAAACAAUGACAUAUUAUAUACUAAUAGGAAAAAGAAGAGAACACCCAACAGAUGUGUAGAACAUCUAAGUAGAAAAAAUGGGCACUCACGGGUCGUCACAAAAGUGAAAAAUAUACUUUGUAUUUCAGACAGAUAAGAAUGUCAACGGGUUGGACCUCCCGAACUGCUGAUUAUAAAGUGCACAAUAUAUGUAGAUCAAAAUACGAGAAAAGUGUAAAUAGGAUAACUUACCCACUAAACGCAACAAAAAGUCCCCACAGGAACACCCCAAUAAGAAUACGCGUUCCCAGUGCCGAGAGAGAAAAGCCCCACCGUCAGUGUAAGCUAUCACCCAAACAGUGCUUUCACAUAGUCUAACUUUUAUCAUAAUGUUUGUCACCGAGUGCAGUCUCUCUUUGCUACACUGUUGCCUGAUUAGUAUCAUUUGAUGGUCUCAGUAUAUAGAUACAUUGGUUACGUUUCAGUUUUUAGGCUUUGUAGCGGAGAGGUAGUAUAAUCCACAGUAUGUCCGCUGGGUAACAGGAACAGCAUAAAAUAAUCCAGGCAAAUAAAUACAGCAUACAAUAAUCCCGGUAGCGUUGUAAGAAUCCUUCCCUCCCAAGAACUAGACGACACAUAGGCUGGGAGUCAACUGAGGUUUUAUUCAGUCGAGUAGCCGAUUUUAGUUCCAGGCGCUCAACGACCAAACACCGCUGGGCUAACAAAGGAACCAAGAUGGCCGACUGCCGCGUGGUCGGUAGCCGAACGACUGCCACCUAGGAAAACCUUUAACUACCGAUUGCAACAAUGUGUGUGUGGUCGUCCAUUCGGUAGGUUAUUCGUUUCACGAACAGUGUUGAAACUCACUGUUCGUGAAACUACAGUAUGAAUGCUGGGGUUUUCAUGCCGCCAGCAUACAAUGCCCUCAUUCGCCUGAAAAGUAAAUACAGUCAUAUACUUGGUUCUCACAGCUUUAAAAGGAAUAUAAACAGAUUCAUAUAGUGAUAAUCUAGUCUUAAGUGGCUAGUUUUGCCACAGGCUUAGUGACCGGAUAAUUUUAUUUUAUUUUUUUGCCUCCAGGUAUAUUUGUAUGAUAAUAUGUUUUGGUAAAGUACGCUAGUAACCCUGAGGGGAACUAGCAAAAGUGUGUCUGGGACGACCUUGCGGGGGAUAACCCUCACAGACGUGUACCUUGAUAAUAUGUUUUGUAAACGUUUGUUUUAAAUGAAAGUAUCGUUCAGGUGAUGGCAUUUACUGUGACUGUGGAGCAUUUCUCUCUCUCCACUGGGAUCGCUUAUUCUUAUUGGGGCAUGUGACAAACAGUUGUCCCGUGUUUUGCCAAAGAUGCCAGAGACCAUAGCCAUGUUUCCCUAUUGCUAUAUGUGCAAAGCAUAAUUCUAGAGGUAAAGCUGUCUCUGCAGGAUUCCAUUGGGUCCCAGUAAUGGUUAACCCCCUGUACACAAUUAGGGAGACCAAGAGGAGUCUGUUAAUUGGAUUCAUUAUUUCCCUAUGUCUGGAAUUACCUACCUGUACCUAAUAUCUUCUGUUAGAGUUUGAUCAUUUUAAUAACAUUACCUGUUGUUUGAUGUACCUGUAAUUGAAUAUAUAUAUAUUGUGCACUUUAUAAUUGGCAGUUGUCAUGAGAAAGUACUGGGGAAGGUUCGAAACGUUGACAUGCUUAUCUGUCUGAAAGAAAGACUUUAUUUUUAACUUUUCUAAGCUGAAGACCUGUGAGUCAUUUUCUAUUUAUCUGUUGUACUUUUGCCAUUAUUGGAGCACAGGGGCAUGAACCUAUUGAGCAAGAUGAAUUGCUGUCAAGUGUGAUCGCAUCCAGGAUCAUGUUUAUUUAAAUAUAUAUUUAUUUUAAUUGAGCAACAAUUUAGUUAGUUCUCCUACCAGUUUUGCCAAGACAGUCUUUUAAAAAUGAGAUUUAUAGUUUUUUUUAAUGUGGUAAAACCGGUUCUACAUUUUCUGCAUUAUCAAAGCUAGGCUACGUUUACUGCAUAUUGUUACUAUCCGUAGCAUUAGAAAGGUGUAACUCUAAACUGAUUAACACUUUAAAGGAAAACUACGGGGUCAGGAAUACAAACGUGUUAAAAACCCAUGUUAGAUGGCUGCCCCCACCUCCCCUUCCCACUUAAAAGGAAUUAAUAUUCACCUUUUUUUUGUUUCCACGUCGUGCGAUUCCUCCGGUGCUGCUCUGCCACCUUGGCUGAGAUCGUCAGAAUUGACGAUCUCACCCAAUCAAAUUCUUUCCCUUAGGAAAGCAUUGGGAGGCUAUUGCACAUGCACAGCAAAACCAGCGCUAAUCAGUAUCUUCUCAUAGCGAUGCGUUGAAUGUACAUUGUGCAGCACUGACCCAGGAAGCACCUCUAAUGGCCGUCUGAGUGACUGCCACUGGAGGUGUUCCUAGGCAACAAUAUAAACACUAUCUUUUCUCUUAAAAGGCAGUGUUUACAUUAAAAUUCCUUUAGGGACAUGCUAUACACACCAGAAGAGUUACAUUUAGCUAUAGUUGUUCUGGUUACUAUAGUAGUUUUAAAGAGCUAUAUGAUGAAAAAUUCCAAGUGUCUAAGAGGCAGCAGAUAACAUUCUGAGCGUAAUGCUGUGUGAAACUCAAACUUGCUGUUAUCGUUUUAUCUUUUCCUAUUUAAAUCAAACAACAUUUCAUAGAACCCGAUGGAAUCUGUUUUAGCUCAUUUAGAUCUUGUACAAUGUGUGUUUCAAGUAUACAUAAGGAAUCCAUUGCCCUGGAGCCCUGCAUGACUAACCAGACGUGCAGGGGAAGAACAAGUUGGGCAUGGUGUUACAGAAAGCUUUCAAUAAAAUGAGUAUUUACAGGAAGCACAUGUGAUCACCAUACUUCUCUCCCUACUCAUGUCUAAAUGCAGUUACUUUUAAUGCAUAAAAAGUAAAAACCUGUUUCUCUUGUUCGUUAACUUCCGCUAUCUAUUGAUGAGUGUUUGUUCUGAGAUCAAGCAGGUUUUAAGCUCGAGUUAGGUGUGGUGUAAUUAGAAAUCUACUUUAAGUUUUAACCUGCAAAAAGAUCUGUAAGGAGCCUGACCUCUAUUGGUCGCAUUAAAGUACUACGCGUGCAUGUGUUUUGUAAUAUUUUUAAUAUUAGUCUGCAGGGACCACAGGCUUUCAUAGUUAUUAUUCAAUAUGCCCUUAGAAAGUGGUUUGGUUAAUACCUGAAUCAAGGAAUAGUUGUGAAAACUGGCUUGAGAACCACUGCGCCACCAAGGACUUCUCAUGUUCCUUGCAUAAUUAAUGAGCAGGAAUAUUGGAUUGACAGAGAACCGAACAUACACUGACCAUUCACAACAUUAAAACCACUGACGGGUGAAGUGAAUAACAUUGAUUAUAUCGUUACAAUGGCACCAUGUCACCAUGGGAUAUAUUGGACAGGAAGUGUAGUCCGUUCUUGAAUUUCAUGUUUUGAAAGCAGUAAAAUAGGCAAUCGAAAAUAUCUGAGUUACUUUGACAAAGGCCAUAUAGUAAUGCCUAAACGAGUGGGUCAGAGCAUCUCCAAAACUGCAAGUCUUGUGGGGGUGUUCCCUGUGUGCAGUGGCUGGUACCUACUACCAAACGUGGUGCAAGGAAGGACAACUGGUGAACUGGUAUUAGGGUCAUAGGUACCAAAGGCUCAUUGAUGCAUGUGGACCAUCUGGUCCAAUAAUAGGAACCACUCUAGCUCAAAUUGCUGAAAACGUAAUGCUGGCCAUUAAAGAAAAGUGUCACAAUACACAGUGAAACGUAGUUUGCUACGUAACUGCAAAUCAAUCAGAGUGCCCGUGAUGUCCCCUGUCCUCUGCUAAAAGCACCUUCAGAUGUUUUUAAUGUUGUGGCUGAUCAUGUGUCUCAAGUCUCUUUGUUUACUGUGCAAUUUGUAGAAAGAGUAUAUUGAAUUUUUAAUAAAGAAUAAUGUAAAAUCUUAUCUUGCUGCAGGCAGAAGGUUCACCUCAUCCCUGGGCCUUCUAGAGCCAUGGAGGAUAAACGGAACAUCCAGAUUAUAGAAUGGGAGCAUCUAGACAAGAAAAAGUUCUAUGUUUUUGGUGUCUGCAUGACUAUGGCUAUCCGGGUGAGUGUCUACCCCUUCACUCUCAUCCGGACUCGCCUGCAGGUACAGAAGGGGAAAAGUCUCUACAAUGGGACAUUUGAUGCCUUUGUGAAAAUACUAAGGUCAGAGGGACUUGCUGGAUUUUACCGAGGUUUCCUGGUAAACACUUUUACCCUGAUCUCUGGACAAUGCUACGUGACCACCUACGAACUUACCCGGAAGUAUGUGUCUGGAUACAGCAGCAACAACACAGUAAAGUCACUGGUGGCGGGAGGCUCUGCAUCUCUGGUGGCACAAAGCAUCACAGUUCCCAUCGAUGUGAUAUCGCAGCACCUCAUGAUGCAGAGAAAAGGAGAAAGCAUGGGACGGUUUCGGAUUCGCGUGGCAGAACGCAAGCAGACAUUGGCUUUUGGCCAGACCAAGGAUAUUAUUGUUCAGAUCUGCAAAGCCGAUGGGCUGAGAGGAUUCUACAGAGGUUACAUUGCUUCUCUCCUCACCUACAUCCCGAACAGUGCGGUAUGGUGGCCAUUCUACCACUUUUAUGCAGGUAGGAAAGCAAGAAUAUCUACAUGUUGAAUUUAACUUCAGAGAAGUUGUGGUUUAAAGCGAAAUCCUCACUUUUUUCACAGCCCAGUUAUUAACAAAUUGCCAUUUUAGUUUAACCCAUUAAAGGAACAAACUUAAUCUGUUGGUUUUUCACUUAAAAGGACAUUAUAAGCACCCAGGCCACUUCAGCUCAUUGAAAUGGUCUGGGUGCACUGUCCCUAUUGCACUUAGUGCUGCAUUGUAAUACAUUACUGUUCCAGAUAAACUGCAAUCUUUACAUUGCAGCUCUAAGUCUGUACACAGUGGCUGUCUACCAGAAGGUGCUUCCAGGAUCCUAACGGACUUUUGGUCCGGUAACUGACGCUGGAUGUCCUCGCGCUCUGCGUGAGGACAUCCAGCGUCCGCUGUUUCAACAUAGGAAAGCAUUGAUUCAGUGCUUUCUUUUAUGGUCUAAUGCUUUAAAUAGCCCGCUCGUCGAGGCGGAGCCGUGAUCCAGCGCACAGAGACAUUGGCGUUGGGAUCAGAUAAGUAAGUAAUACAAUAAUACAGCUCUGUAUUCCACGCACUCUACAAUCCCUUUAAGGACCAAAGCAAUUUUUGCUGUGUGUGUGUUCAACCGCAAUUUUCAUCUCUCUCAUUUAUUGUAGCAACACCUAUUAUAUACUGUUUUAGUAAAGAACAAAAAAGCACUGUAAUUUGAUGUGACCUAUACAUUUUAUAAAUUCUCAUCGAUUAGAAAUACUCAUGAAUGCAACAACAAAAAAAUAAAAAACAAAACCUUUUUAAACAGGUUGGGCAAUAGUUAUGUGUGCAUAAUUAGUGCAGCUUAAGAAAAGGAAUUCAAAAUAAAUUCAUUUGUCCUGAUUUACAGAGUAAAUGUGUCAUUUCAUGUGUCCCAUUGUAAUAAAAUUAUCUUAAAUGAACAUAUUAGUGUUAGGAAUGCAAAGAUGUAACACUAGUGUGUCCUGCAGCCCCCCCUCACCGCUUUGUAAAUGGUUAAAUAACCCUUUAAUCACUUACCUGAUUCCAGCGCCAGUGUCCCUCGGCACUGGGUCACGGUCCACCUCAUCUGAUAUGGGUGGGGGGGAGAGGGAAGGAAACCUAUGGCACAUGGCGGUAAGUACAUUAGGCCUUCCCCCAUAGGAAAGCAUUGCCAUUCUCAGUCUGGCUGGGUACAGAAAACUGAAGCUCCUGUACCGCGGUUCGCUCCGUUCGGCCACACUACAAGAGAGGUCAUGAGGCACACCAGGACAAUUGAGGGGACACACACACCACAAAGGUGGGGUGGGGGGUGACACUAAAGGACAGGGAGGGAGGGAGGUGAGAGGAACACUAAGGGACAGGGAAGGGAUGGGAGGGAAAAGGAACACUAAAUAUUUUUGAAAACCUAAAUCUGACUGACAUGUAUAUUUUGUGCAUUUACCACUUAAUAAAAAAAUUUGCAAAGAAAAUAAUUAAAUAAACUUCUUCCGUUAACAGUAGAUUUGUGCAGAAAUUGUUUCUUUUUUCAAAACGGUAAAUGUCCAGAAUAUCGGUAUCGAUAAAUUAUCAGCUAUCAGCCUGAAAGUUCACAGAUUAUCGCUAUCGGCUCUCAAAAAUCAAUAUCGGUCAAUCCCUAGUUUACAUUACCGCUUAGGGAUACCUCCACUGGCCACUCCCCAGGCGCUUCUGGUGCAGUGCUGCACAGUGUGACUGACAUUCAGUGUUUCCACCCUCUGCGCAGAGACACAGAACUUUCCUCAUAGAGAUGCAUUGAUUCAAUGUGUUUGCCUUGUGCCCGCUCUGCCCAUGAUCUGUUUCCUUGACACUUUCUGACAAUUCAAUGCUCUCCCAUGUGAGAGCAUUGUAAUUGGCUUUAAUAAACACUUCUGAUGAUGUCAGCCAAGCAGACAGAUCAGAGUCAGAGCCAGCAGCAGGCUGGAAUAAAAGUAAGAUUUUUACUAAUUUUAGGGGGGCCAUCGGGGCUAGGUGGUGUUUUUAACACUAAAGGGUCAGGAAUAUAUGUUUAUUCCUGACCCUAUAGUGUUCCUUUAAUAAACAUGGAAUUACAAUAUGUGAGUUCUUUGUCUUAUUCUGCCUCAGUAAAUCUACAGUUAGUGAUUGUCAGAUGUUAUAUUGCAGCUAUUUCUACUGAGUGUUUUGUGGGAAGCUAGUUUCUCUGACAAAAUUAUGUAAUUGGUGUUUGUUUGUUUUUUUUUUGAUACGGAGAUAGAGAAAUCGAUACCAUAAUUAAUGUACCGUUGGGUGUAGUGUCCAUUGUAAUUUACUAUAUGCUACUAUUUCUCGUAGAACAAUUGUCUCGCCUGUCGCCAAAUGAUUGCCCUCACCUCCUUCUCCAAGCUAUAUCCGGGCCACUGGCAGCAGCUACAGCAUCCACCAUUACCAACCCAAUGGAUGUUAUAAGAGCGCGUGUGCAGGUAACUGGCUGAGUAUUACUUUUAGAAUAGUUUAAAUGUUCUAUUUGUACAUUUUAUAAGACUGGGGUCAAACAAAUAAUAUACCAAUAGAGGGUUAGAGAACAUGUUUCUCAACCAGCACAUAUAACAGCCACUCAAUAAUAUACUCUAAUUGACUUAUCUAGACCUCCUGGCUGAUGUGAUUACAUAUAAGUCAAAGCAGCAUUUCUUUUAAAACAAGCAAUAAAUCCUUUUCUGGUUCAUCUUAAGCAAAGCAUGAAAGUGAUAAUCUUCUUAAAGGAGUCUUUCAGAACUGGCCUCCUAGGGUUGGAUACUACCAAGAGAUUGUUAGGGAAUAGUUGUAAGAACCUUGAACUCUUGUUGCUCUUCGACAGCUCACCGAGAACCACUGUUUGUGUGAUAAAUCUAAAUGUUAAUGUGCCGGUUUUAGAAACAAUUCAGAUUAAUUUGCAACAGAACAUAUGGAAGGACUCGUAAUAUAUUGCCAUUAGUAUCUUUAUAAAGAAGUGUUCUCUCCGGUUAAGAUUGGGCUGACAUGGUUUUGACGAGUUUAAUCUCACUCUGUUACUCAUUUAUUUUAGGUUGAAGGCAAAAGUUCCAUUAUUGGCACCUUCAAACAACUGAUGGCAGAAGAAGGACCAUGGGGUCUAACUAAAGGUCUUUCCGCCCGCAUCAUUUCAGCCACACCUUCCACCAUUGUCAUCGUUGUGGGUUAUGAGACACUAAAGAAGAUUAGCCUUCGCCCAGAGCUGGUAGAUUCAAGACAUUGGUGAAACUGUCCCUCCAACCAAGGGGCAGAUGGUGGGGCAUGACAUUUUUUGGGUGGCUUUUAUAAAUUUCUGAAAGACAUCAUGGAAUGGAAACCACUAGACAUGUCUGAAGAAUGUCUAACCCCCACCCACCAGUGUUUGAAAAACGGUGUAUAUAGAUAUAAAUGUAUGUGGUUUAUGCACAUGGUUAUCAACUGUGUAUUUACGGUUGUGAUGGACACUUUUGAAGACUCGUGGUGGUUCACCUACUUUUGCUGCUGGAUUAAUGUUGGAGCAAACAAACCAUUUAAGAACACAAGAAAAUAAGGUGUAAUUUACGUAAAAGAGAAGGGUAAUGGUACAUCCAUUCUCUUGUGUGACAUAAAUGCAUCAUGUACAUCACGUGACUCCUACCUUAUCCGAUUCCUAGCCCGAUUUUGGGAUAUGUCUCCCCCCAACACACACAUUUUAAAGAAAGAGAUUUAAAUAGGUGUGUUUUUUUUUAAUAUAAUUUUAAUAUGAAAUUAGAUCUGUUUAUUUAAUUGCCAAAAUGUUGGGAGUGUUUACAAGUCCGUGCUUGUUUUGUAUAGAACAGAAAAUAACUUUUUAUGUAACUGUAAAUGUGCUCCCUCUGUUAAAAUUAAUUAACUGAUUUUAUAUAUAUAUUUUUUUUUUUUAAUUAAGCUUUUUGUGUGUUUUGCAUUGUUUUGUUCUCCUGUCUAUCAUGUGACAAUGUUGGCCAAAAAGGUCAUGUUAAUCUUUAAUUAAUGUUAAUCUGGUCACAAGGUUAUUGUCCUGACUUUGUAGCCUUUAGAAAAUUGAAAUUGUAAACUAAAAUAAUUGUCCCCCUUUUUGAUUUUCUAAUGAGCGACAUGCAUAUUUUAAUAUAUAUAUAGAUAUUAUCAGAGACUUUCUCAGGAUGUUUCAAGUCCUACUGCAAAUUAUUGUGAAUUCCAAUGUAUCUGUUCUGUUAAUUAACACUGGACCUCCGAGACAGAUAUUAUAGAUGUGUCAGUAAAGGGAUUGAAAUAUAAUGUUUUUAAUCCUAGGGAUUUACUCCAUUUGCCUCCCCUUUCUGGUGCAAUUUAACCCUUUUUUUUGAUUUGCACAAUAAAUCCUUUCCUAUAGGCCAAUGCUGGCUUAACUUUGAAUUGCCGUGUUAUUUUAUUUUCCCACAAUACAGCCAUUUUAUUUAUUCAUU